AUGGCAAACAACACGGAUGGGCCCGAAAACCCAGACGGGCCAUACGACCAAGAUGGGCCCGACGACCAGGACGGGCAUGACAACCCGGACAUGCCAGACAACAUGGACGGGCCCAAUGACCCAAACGGUCCUGAAAACUCGGAUGGGCCAGACGAGCCAGAUGGGCCCUACGACCCAGACGAGCCCAACGAUCUAAACGGGCCCAACGAUCCAAAUAGGCCCAAUGAUCCAGACAGGCCCAACGACUCGAACGGGCCCGACGAAUCCCCACAUGGGCCAGGGUCAAACCCUGUGAGCUGGGCCAAAUUGACACCUCUAAGCUGA